CUUUGACAACCUGCCCUGUUUCUGCUCGAGUGAGUGAGUGACUGAUCGGUGUUCGGUAGCUGCUAGUUAAGCUAGCUAGCAAUGGCGGCGCGGGGGAUUGCAAGCGGCAACGGCAACACGGCCGUGGUCGUGGGCGUGCUGCUCGUCUGCGCGUUCCUCCAUGCGGGGGUGGCGGAGUCGGCGGAGUUCAUCGUCGGCGACGGGGGCGGCUGGUCGGUCAACGCCAGCUCCUGGGCCAACGCCAAGCGCUUCUUGGGCCGUGAUGUCCUUGUGUUCAAUUACGACCCGACGGCGCUGGACGUGGUGAAGGUGUCCGCGUCGGAGUACGAGGCGUGCGCCGCGCCGAGCGGCGCGAAGGUGCUCAAGUCCGGGGCCGACCGCGUCGCGCUCGCCCUCGGCCCAAGCUACUUCAUCUGCAGCGUCCCCGCCCAGUGCCAGGCCGGCAUCAAGAUGGCCGUCGUCGCCAGGAAGCAGGGCCGCAUCGGCGGAGCGUCCUAAUUCAGUUUACAUAUACCAAGUUCUCCGACCAUGCAUCCAAUAUUUAUUACGACUCCAUCAUUCGUGCCUGUUGUGUUACGUUAUACCAUGUGUAAUGAUUUUGUAAGCGAGCAAAAGGAAUGUGCUGAUUAUCUUUUUCAUCUGCCAUCACACGCUGGUUGGAAAUAAAAGCGCGGCAUGAUCUACAUUCCAGA